GAAAUGUUCUCGGAACGUAUUUGUUAACCAACAAAUCAACCGAUCCCAGGAGUCUACCUGUGACAAUCAAGUUGGACAUGGCCGCUAUGUGAGACAUCAUCCACAAUGGGGAGCUUUUCUUCUACAUCUACACCUGAUAUACGCUUUGAUAGCAAUCAUCCAUUUCCCCAGCGAUUCGAAAUCAUUAAAUUUCUGGGAGAAGGCGGCUCUGCAGUCGUGCUCAAAUGCUUUGACACCUUCACACACCAAGAUGUUGCCGUGAAGUUUGCCAAAGGAAAAUACAAAUUGAAGCACGAGGCAGAGAUGAUGAAAUAUCUCAUGAAACACAAGUUGGACCAGCAGAAUGUUAUAAAGUUUCACCACAGCUUCAGCUCAAACUCCUGUCUGGUGUUUGAAAUGUGUGACAUCAAUCUAAAGGACUACAUUAAACAAAGACACCCACUGAAAAUGCAAGAGAUUAGAACAGUUAUCCAGCAGUUGGCCACAGCUUUAGAGGGACUGAAGAAAGUUAAAGUCAUCCACAGUGACAUCAAAACAAACAACAUUAUGGUGGUGAAUCAAAAGAUAAAACCGUUGCAGGUCAAGCUGAUUGACUUUGGCUUGGCUCUCCACAGCAACCAAACUAGUCAACCCAUCAAUCAAUGUCUUUUUUACAAAGCUCCUGAACUCAUUCUCGGGCUCCCAUACUCUACAGCUUUGGACAUCUGGUCACUGGGGUGUGUAAUGGGAAAGAUGCUUUUAAACUGUGUACUUUUCCCGGGGACUAGUGAUUAUGAAAAUCUGUGCUACUUCACUGAUGUUCUGGGACCAGCACCAGACUAUCUUGUUGACGCCUGCAACAAAUCAAAAGGGUUUUUUAAAAAGUCAAACUCUAACCAGUGGAUACUGAAGACAAAUCCUUUUACAGUCACCUGUGGAAUACUGGGGAGAGGAACACCAUAAACACAAAAGGUGCUUCAACUUUCGUUUUUUGCAUCAAGCUAAAAUGAGUCACCUAAAGUAUGAAAAACUGGCUGCAACAGAGGAGAGGAAGGAAUGCAUAGCGCUGAUUAAGGCAAUGCUUCAGUGGGAUGCAAAGGAGAGGAUUACUCCCAAAGGCAUCCUGAGACAUUCCUUUAUUGUCAGGAAAAGCGACAGUCCUUGCAGCCCUCUCCCUGAAUCUAACACUGCAUUCAAGCAGGAACCUUGCGCCAGCCAGGUCACGGCUCAUCCUAAAAUCGCAAGUCAAAAUAUGAAAGAUGUCAAAGUAAAGAGAAGAACAUACGACAUUUCACAGCAGUCAAAAGAUUUAGACAAGAAACUGCCUCCACGGCCAAGCAUAAACCAGCCAUCUUGUGAACAGUUGAGCAAACCUUCACCUGUAGAAAACAGACUUCUCUCACAGAAGAUAGAUGGUAAGAGACCUGCAGCGAGCACAACUUUGGAGUCUACCAUCAAACAGGAAGAGCCGGACCCUUCUUCUAUUGUUGAAUCUACCAUAACUAGGGAAACCUGCAGCCAGCUCACUCAUCCUCAGAGCAAAUCAAAACAGAAGAAUUUUUUUGAGAACAUAUGUCUUUGUUGGAGACAUGGCUAAAAGCUAAUACUGGUUGCUAUUUAAAAUGUGUGUGGUGAUAUUAAAAAGCUUAACUGAAAACAA